AUUGGCGGUCCUCCUGGUCGUGAGAGAGCAGGUCGGGAUUCCACGCACACCCCCGGGUCACCGUCAGCCGACGACGUUACGACGUACUGAGGUAGAAAAGAAGUAAGGAGAGAACGGGGAACGCUGAACGCUAAACCCGUUUAUCCCGGGGACUGUCGCGCGGAUGAGAGAUUAAAUUUAAUCAGCUUGUCUCUUCGCGCGGUAUUGUACACGCAACUACGUUUCUGCCAAUUAGUUUGAGCACAAAUGGCAUCGCCACGGUGGAUGCUACCGCUGCUGAUCCUGGGAACCGGCGCGGUCGCGCUGGUUCCCGCGGCCCGGCAAUUCCAUGACGAGCUCCCCAGGAGCAAUAACGCCGUGCGGAAGCAGAGGUCCCUGGACGCGGCGGACUCGCCGGAGUAUUACAACGACCUGCACUCGUUCAAGUAUCACGGCGGCGACACCGAUCGCAAGUUCGAUCGCGACUUCGACGAGGACGACGAGGAGAUCGAGUUCCUGCCUAGCGAUAAUGGUCAGCUGGAAACAGUGGGAGAGGGUCUCCAGGGCUUGAACAAUAAGUUACUCGAAAGGGCGCUGCUCGAUUAUUUGGAGACUGUACCUGAACAGGAAGAACCGGUGGCCUCGAUCUUUCGCGAGCGCGAGCGAAGUGGCAGCCGCAAACGGGGCGGCGCCGGCAGCGAUCGGCUGAACCGGGACGACAAAGAUCUGACGAAGUUGUUCGUGGAGGAGCUGCAGGACGGUUUUCCGUACGGUGCGCUCGUCGAGGUGGACGACGAUGACUAUUUAACCGAUUUACAAUCACUUUACGACAGAUACAGAGCUGGUAGAGGGAACAAAGUAUAUGAAACGGCAGGACCAAUGUCCUGGGGCGAGCUGCUUAGCAAGGGCCCCUUGAGGAGCGAGAUGAAGGACGGCAGCGACGAGGAGUUCGUGGAUCGCGAUCAGGAUCAGGGCAUCCUGUACUUGCCCGCGGAACGUAGGAACGUGAACGGUCGAUUUCCCAUCGGCCGCGAGUUCGGCAGCUAUCGCAAACUGGCAAAGCGCUAUCCGAUCGCUAAGAGAAGCCCCAGGCCGACCCAAACCAAAUUAAAGGCCACGGAUCCUAAGGUUGCUCAAGACCUAGGAGCCCUAUUCGGCACGCAGUUCACGGAUUCGCACAAUCACACUCACAAGUCCGAUCACGAACACGAACACGAUCACAACCACGAUCACGAUCACGAACGCAAGCACGAACCCGAUCAGAACCACGAUCACAAGCACGAAUCCAAUCAGAGUCACGAGCACGAGCACGAUUAUAAAGUCAAGACGGAGGCGCCGAAAAUGACGCCGUCCCCGAAGGGCCAAAAGGAAAACGUCACGAAGACGGGCAAGUCGAAACUGAUCCAGGUGAGGAAGAAGAGCGUCGACUGGUCGCAAUACUUCGGCAUCGACCGGAGGAAGAAGAAGGCCACCUUCACGGCCGGACAGGGCACGCAGAAACAGGACGACGAGUGGAUGCUGCAGCGCUACUACGAGAAUAUGGCUGAAAAUUUGAAGCAAAAUGACGAGAAUGAGCAGAAAGAUAAACUCGAGCAGAUGGACACGAAAUUGAAAUAUAUCAAGGACUUGAUUAUCGAGGAAGCUAUGAGAUACGCUACUUCGGAGGACGAAGCGGAUCUGCAGAAGGUGAAGGAUAAGUUAAUGUCGCGAAUGGCAGCGGCGUAUUCGUUGCAGAAGAUGCGAAAAGCGCUGAGCGAGCUUCGCAAUACCGUGGCAGCUGAGAAAGAGGCACAGAGAACGCAAAAGGAGGCGCAGAAUAAUUUCACGUCUAAUUUUCGCGAAAACAGUAACCCAAGCACUAACAGCGGCAUCGGCAGUAAAACCAACGAGAAACGGAGCAGUAUUAAUAACAAUAUAGAAGAAAGCGAAUCCGACGAGGAGCCUAGGAUGCCUAUAAACUGUCCGGAAUUAGAAGCCAUCGAGUGGCGAUGCCGAACCGUGGAUAACUUGGCCGGCGACACGUCUCGGAUGCUCUACGUGCCCUGUGUGAAAUUGCAGAUCUGCAAAGCUUGCGCGCAGGACGAGGAGGGACUGCUACCCUGCCUCGCCAACUACGCCCUGGAGGCCGGCAAGACGUGCGACGCGUUCCACCCCAGGGACGGGGAGUCGCGGACGACGGGGGCGGCGCGUGAGGACGAGAGGCAGUCGUGCGCGAACGCCGCGCUGCUGCUCUCGCAGCUGCAGCCGCCCGGGGUGGCGAGCGCGCAGUGCCGCGCGCGAAACUCGUGUCUACGGCGGUACCACGCGCGAUACGAGCACCGCUACUUCCGCACGUCGCCGGCGUACGAGGGCACCGGCGGACGUCGCCUCCACCACGAGGGCGCCCUCGACGCGCUGCAGCAAACCAUGUCCGAGCGAUAAAGGAUCGGGCGCGCGGGAGGAAGCUCCGGUUCGCGGCCGCGCCGAUACGGCGGGCCGCCGAUUUAUCCGGACGCCGGACGUCGCCUUGAGCACCGAGUCCCCCUGACGCACUCGACACCCGACCGAACGCGAACGGAGAUUUUUCAUUUCAACCGUGCCGAGAUUGCGUUGCCGCUGUCGUAUCCGUUACUUUCGUUCAACCAACCCCCGGGGCCUACGUUUCCUUUGUCUAGAGGCUUCGUCCGGAUAAUCGGCGGUCUGCUGUAUUAAAGAAUCUUCCGUCGUAAUGGGGCGUGAAUCAGGGUUAAUCCUCGCUGGGCACCGCACUGGGUUUCUGCCUGUCGGAUUUCAAAGAAAAAGUUCUUUAAAAAAAGAGAAAAGAAUUAUGAGUGGCUCUAAUCAGAGAAAUCCCUACGUGGGGUAACAGUUGAGGAUUGACGAAGAGCUGGCACACGAAAAGUCGUUCCCGAAUCGAAAUACAAUGGAUCGGUACGAAAGUGCGUUAAUUAUUUUUUUGAAAUACCGGGAAAAAGAUUUUAAAAAGGAAUAAGUUUGCGAAAGUCGGGGGAGUUCCCGGCUGUCCGUUUUUCCUUUCGAUUCGAGAUCAGACCUCGAGAGUAUCGGUGGUACUCGACUCGAAACAGCGCCUCUCGCACACUACGCUCCUUCGCGUCCAAGUUUCUCGUCGCCGCGAGAGAUGUCAAAAUCCUGAAUUUAAAAA